AUGGGUGUUACUCGCAGGGUCGUAAGCUCUGCGCUGCUGCUGUUGUUGGGUGCGACCGUGUGCUUCGCCUCUAGAGCGCUCCUGGUUGCUCCUCAGGAGCUGCCUUAUGGCGUAGGCCAUGGCAUUGGCGACGUCAUUCCUGGAGGUGGAUGGCAUUUCUUUCCCGGUUAUGGGGCCGGAGGUGAGUUUGGUGGUAUAGGAGAGUAUGGUGGUGGCUACGGUGGCGGUUCUGGAAGCGGUGUGGGCUAUGGAGCAGGUGGUGAGCAUGGUGGUGGUUACGGGACUGGAGCGGGCACUGGGAGUGGAGGCGGUUAUGGUGCCGGUGGAGAACAUGGUGGCGGCUAUGGUGGUGGGGGAGGCAGCGGUACUGGUGUGGGUUAUGGUGCAGGUGGUGAGAAUGGAGGUGGAUACGGGAUAGGAAGUGGUAAAGGUGGUGGAGCUGGUUACGGUGCUGGUGGAGAACAUGGUGGUGGUUAUGGUGGUGGUGGAGGCAGUGGUGCUGGCGUUGGUUCUGGUGCAGGUGGAGAGCAUGGCGGUGGCUAUGGCACUGGAAGUGGUGCUGGUGCUGGAGGAGGCUACGGUGCUGGUGGAGAUCAUGGAGGAGGCUAUGGUGGUGGCGGUGGCUCGGGUGGUGGUGAAGUGGUGCUGGUGGUGGAGUUGGUUAUGGUGCAGGUGGAGAACAUGGCGGUGGGGAAGGUGGUGGCGGCGGCGUUGGUUAUGGAGCAGGUGGUGAGCAUGGCGGUGGCUAUGGAACUGGAAGCGGUGCUGGUGCUGGAGGUGGCUACGGUGCCGGUGGACAGCAUGGAGGUGGUUAUGGUGGUGCAGGCGGAGACCGAGGAGGUGGUUAUGGUGGUGCAGGCGGAGAACGUGGCGGUGGCUAUGGUGGUGCAGGCGGAGAACGUGGGGGUGGUUAUGGUGGUGCAGGCGGAGACCGAGGAGGUGGUUAUGGUGGUGCAGGCGGAGAACGUGGCGGUGGCUAUGGUGGUGCAGGCGGAGAACGUGGAGGUGGUUAUGGUGGUGCAGGCGGAGACCGAGGAGGUGGUUAUGGUGGUGCAGGCGGAGAACGUGGCGGUGGCUAUGGUGGUGCAGGCGGAGAACGUGGCGGUGGGUAUGGUGGUGCAGGCGGAGAACGUGGCGGUGGCUAUGGUGGUGCAGGCGGAGAACAUGGAGGUAGUUAUGGUGGUGCAGGCGGCGAGCAUGGAGGUGGCUAUGGAGGUGCAGGAGGCGAACAUGGAGGUGGCUAUGGAGGUGCAGGAGGCGAACACGGCGGUGGCUAUGGUGGUGCAGGAGGCGAACACGGCGGUGGCUAUGGUGGUGCAGGCGGAGACCACGGCGGUGGCUAUGGUGGUGCAGGCGGAGAGCAUGGAGGUGGCUAUGGAGGUGCAGGCGGAGAGCACGGAGGUGGAUAUGGUGGUGCAGGCGGAGAGCAUGGAGGUGGAUAUGGUGGUGCAGGCGGAGAGCACGGAGGUGGAUAUGGUGGUGCAGGCGGAGAGCACGGAGGUGGAUAUGGUGGUGAAGGCGGAGAACAUGGAGGUGGCUAUGGUGGUGCAGGCGGAGAACAUGGCGGUGGCUAUGGUGGUGCAGGCGGAGAACAUGGCGGUGGCUAUGGUGGUGCAGGAGGCGACCAUGGCGGUGGCUAUGGUGGUGCAGGAGGCGAACAUGGCGGUGGCUAUGGUGGUGCAGGCGGAGAACAUGGCGGUGGUUAUGGUGGAGCAGGAGGCGAACAUGGCGGUGGUGGAGGCAGUGGUGCCGGCGUUGGUUAUGGAGCAGGAGGUGAGCAUGGCGGUGGCUAUGGUACCGGAAGCGGUGCUGGUGCUGGAACCGGUUACGGUGCUGGUGGAGAGCAUGGAGGUGGCGGUGGUUCAGGUAGUGGUGUCGGGUAUGGUGCAGGAGGCGAGCAUGGUGCGGGCUAUGGUGCUGGAAGUGGCAUCGGUGGUGGAGCUGGUUAUGGUGCAGGUGGAGAACAUGGCGGUGGCCAUGGUGGCGGGGAAGGUGGUGGCGGCGGUGUUGGCUACGGAGCAGGCGGUGAGCAUGGGGGCGGCUACGGGGCUGGAAGUGGCACGGGUGCCGGAGGCGGCUAUGGUGCUGGUGGAGAACAUGGUGGCGGCUACGGCGGCGGUGGUGGCGUUGGUUAUGGAGCAGGUGCGGCUAGUGGGGAGCAUGGCGUUGGCUAUGGAAGCGGUGCUGGGCAUGGUGGUGGUAGUGGUUACGGCGCUGGGGGAGAGCACGGUGGCGGAUAUGGUGGAGGUGAGGGAAAAGGUGGAGGUGUUGGUUACGGAGCUGCAGGGGGCGACAACGGAGCGGGCUACGGCGGCGGAGGGAAGGGGUAUCCCGGCGCAUAGAUUUCCGGACACCGAAGGCUGUCUAAUGUUCUACGAUAAUAAGGCGGUAUUCACCCAUUCUGGCGAGCCUUUGCGCUAUGGAUAUGUGACCGCAUUGCGCGUGGGAUUUGAUAGAUAUGGAGUCCAUCAACAUGAUGUGCUGCUGCUUCUCGAGGAGUUGCUCGUAAGCCACGAUGGCUACAUCAAUGUACUUGUUUAG